GAUGUGUUAAGUGUCAACAAAAUGCAAACACGUGUAGCGUAACAGUGGAGGAAGUAUGUGUAGUGUUGCUUCUAUAUUAAUGCUACUACUGGGAUAUAUAAAGAAGUAAAAAGCAGUUACAUGCAUGAGGAUUAAGGAAUAUUCAGAGAAAUGAAGUUUGCGUAUAGAUUUUCCAAUCUGCUCGGAGCAGUCUAUCGUCAGGGGAAUUUGAAUUUCUCUAAAGAUGGCAACGCUAUAAUCAGUCCCGUUGGAAACAGAGUCUCUGUCUUUGACCUGAAAAACAAUACAUCUGAGACGUUGCCCAUCUCCACUACAAAGAACAUAACUUGUGUGGGUCUCUCUCCUGAUGGAAAUUUGGCAAUUGUGGUGGAUGAAGAUGGUGCAGCACUGCUGGUCAGUCUCAUCACCCGAGCUAUCCUUCAUCACUUCCACUUUCACCGACCUGUGAGCAGUAUCUGCUUCUCACCUGAUGGCAGGAAAUUUGUGGUUACAAAGGAGAACGUUGCUCUGAUGUAUCAUGCUCCUGGGAAGCAGCGGGAGUUUAAUGCCUUUGUGUUGGACAAGAGCUACUAUGGUCCGUACGAUGAAACUACCUGCAUUGACUGGACAGACGACUCCAAGUGUUUUGUGGUGGGCAGCAAAGACAUGUCAACGUGGGUAUUUGGUGCCGAGCGCUGGGCCAACCUCAUCUACUACUCUCUGGGUGGACACAAGGAUGUCAUUGUGGGCUGUUUCUUUGAGAAGGACAGUUUGGAUCUGUACACGGUGAGCCAGGAUGGGACGCUGUGCAUAUGGGAGAGCGACACCGAGCUGGAUGGACUCAUCUUGAAGAAGAGCUGUGACAAACCCAAGCCCUUGAGACAGGGAGAGGAAGAGGAGGAAGAUGAGGAAGAGAGGUUGGAGGGAGAGGAGGGGGAGGUUAUCAGAGGGAAAGCUGAAGCUCCUGAAGAGAAGAAGAUAAAGAACGUUCGAUACAAGCAGAGGAGCAAACACUUCUUCAACAAGGAGGGGGACUUCAACAACUUGACUGCUGCCGCCUACCACAAGCUGACUCACAUCCUGGUCACAGGUUUCACCUCUGGAAUCUUCCAUCUGCAUGAACUUCCAGAGUUUAACCUUAUCCACUCCCUAAGUAUUUCAGACCAGAGAAUCACCUCAGUAGCUCUAAACAGCUCUGGAGACUGGAUCGGCUUUGGGUGUUCGGGGAUGGGCCAGCUGCUGGUUUGGGAGUGGCAGAGUGAGUCGUAUGUCUUCAAGCAGCAGGGACACUUCAACAACAUGGCCUCUUUGGCUUACUCACCAGACGGGCAGUACAUUGUAACAGGAGGUGAUGAUGGCAAAGUCAAAGUGUGGAACACUAACAGCGGCCUCUGUUUCGUCACCUUCACGGAGCACACCAGCAGCAUUGCCAACGUCACCUUCACUUCCAGUGGCUUCGUCAUCGUAAGUGCUUCUCUGGACGGGACGGUCAGAGCGUUCGACUUGCACAGGUACCGAAACUUCCGGACAUUCACAUCACCUCGCCCUGCUCAGUUCUCCUCCCUUGCAGUAGAUGUCAGUGGAGAGCUGGUCAGUGCAGGAGCUCAGGACUCCUUUGAGAUCUUCCUCUGGUCCAUGCAGACAGGCAGACUGCUGGAGGUCCUUGGGGGCCAUGAGGGGCCAGUCAGCUGCCUGUGUUUCAGUCCAGUUCAGUCCAUCCUGGCCAGCGCCUCAUGGGAUCGUACUGUCCGGCUGUGGGACAUGUUGGACAGCUGGCAGACCAAGGAAACACUUCCUCUCACCUCUGAUGGAUUAUCAGUGACUUACCGCCCUGAUGGUCAGGAGUUGGCAGUGGCCACCCUGAAUGGUGAGAUCUCUUUCUGGAACCCCCAUACGGCCACACAAACUGGCUCUGUGGCUGGCCGUCAUGACCUGGAGAUGGGCCGAAAAGAAACUGAUAAAAUCACAGCCAAGCAGUCGGCCAAGGGCAAAUCCUUCACAUCACUGUGUUAUUCUGCCGAUGGAGAGUCUGUUUUGGCAGGAGGUCAGUCCAAGUUUGUCUGCAUUUACAACGUCAAGGAGCAGAUGCUCAUGAAGAAGUUUGAAAUCUCCUGCAACCUGUCCUUUGAUGCCAUGGAGGAAUUCCUGGACCGACGAAAGAUGACAGAGUUUGGCAGCCUGGCUCUGGUGGACGAUGGAGCUGGGGACGGAGAUGGGGUCAACAUCAGCCUCCCUGGAGUCAGGAGAGGUGAUAUGAGUUCCCGACACUUCAAGCCAGAGAUCAGAGUCAGCUCACUGCGCUUUUCACCUACUGGUCGUAGCUGGGCGGCCACCACUACUGAGGGCCUGCUAAUUUACUCCCUUGAUGGAUCUCUGGUCUUUGACCCUUAUGACCUUGACUUGGAUGUGACACCGGCCAGCAUACGCAAGCAGCUACGACGUCAGGAGUGGGUGUCGGCUAUCGUCCUGGCGUUCAGACUCAAUGAAACAGCCCUCAAGCAGGAAGUGCUAGAGACAGUGCCGCAUGAGCAGAUACCAGUGGUUUGUGGUUCUCUUCCUGACAUUUAUGUUGAAAAGCUGUUGGGCUUUGUGGCUGCGUGUUUGGAGAAGUCAGGUCACCUACAGUUCUACAUGACCUGGGCCCAGAACCUGCUGAUGCUGCAUGGCCAGAAACUCAAAAACAGGUCAGGAGCCAUACUACCUACCCUGCAGGCGCUGCAGAAGAGCAUCCAGAGACACUUUGAUAAUCUGUCCAAACUGUGUGACUUCAACAUGUACAACAUUCGUUAUGCAGUGGCUCUUUCAAAGCAGAGGGGUGUAAAGAGACCAGCUGAGGAGGACCAGGGGGAAGAGAAGGAUGAUAGGGAAGAGCUGUCUGAAGAGAUGAGCGAAGCCUCCUUGGAGGAUGCCGAGAUGAUGAUGUAGGCAGUGUCCUGAGGCUUCCUCAUUUUAUCAAUCUGGCAGGCAUCUCCACAAAGAGAGAAGGAUGAUUCUGGACUGUAAAAGCAAACAUUUUUGUGUGUACUUGAGAAAAUAUUAGGAUUGUAAACUGUUUUUAAUUAAAUCCAUAUGUAAAUAUGUA